GAGCGCUUCAACACUCGCCGCAACGCGCGCGCCGCCGCUCUCCGCUCAAAUGUGCUUUUCUUCCUGCGUACCUACGUUCCGCGCUCCUCGUGUCCUCCGUAACUCUCUCAGGAUCGUUUCGGUGCUGAUGUGAGUCCAGUACAUUCAUUCAUUUGACACAUUUCUUCAGUCGAUGAGUAUGCGUUCACAUUGGAGUUACAUCGCCUGGAUUUGCGUCUUCAGUCUCGGCGCGUUCAGGACUUUCUGCAUUCCCAGUAAUGAAGUGAACUUGCUGGACUCUCGCUCUGUAAUUGGUGACCUGGGGUGGGUCGCCUAUCCGAAGAAUGGGUGGGAAGAAAUCGGAGAGGUGGACGAAAACUAUGCGCCCAUCCACACGUACCAGGUGUGUAAGGUGAUGGAGCACAACCAGAACAACUGGUUGCAGACAAACUUUAUAUUAAACCAAGGUGCCCAGCGAGUGUUCGUGGAGCUCAAGUUCACUCUACGGGACUGCAACAGUCUCCCCGGAGGUCUGGGCACAUGCAAGGAGACGUUCAACGUCUACUGUUACGAAACCAAUGACGAGGAGAGGAGGAAUAUUCGGGAAAGCCAAUACACGAAGAUCGACACCAUCGCGGCCGACGAGAGCUUCACGGAGCUUGAUCUCGGAGACAGAGUCAUGAAGCUGAACACGGAAGUUCGGGAACUGGGUCCGUUGACCAAGAAAGGCUUCUACCUGGCUUUCCAAGACCUGGGCGCGUGUAUCGCGCUCGUGUCCGUCCGUGUCUUCUACAAAAAGUGUCCUUUUGUGGUCAGGAAUUUGGCCCUCUUCCCGGAUACUAUAACUGGGGCAGAUUCCUCCCAGCUUCUGGAGGUGUCAGGGACCUGCGUCAACAACUCGGUAGCUGAUGAACUUCCCAGAAUGCAUUGCAGCGCAGAGGGGGAGUGGCUGGUGCCCAUUGGGAAGUGCAUGUGCCAGGCGGGCCAUGAGGAAGUUAAUGGCUCCUGUCAAGUGUGCAAGCCGGGCUUUUACCGAUCAGCUCUUCAGACCAAAAGCUGCAGUAAAUGUCCUCCCAGAAGUUUCACCAAAGUGGAGGCCUCCACCUCCUGUCAGUGUGAGCAGGGAUACUACCGGACCGAAUCAGACCCUGCCAACAUGGCCUGCACAAAGGCACCUUCAGCCCCACGUAGCGCUAUUUCCAACGUGAACGAGACCAGCGUCUUCUUGGAGUGGAGCGCCCCGGAGGAGACAGGCGGUCGGAAAGAUGUUCGAUACAACAUUGUGUGCAGUAAGAUCAGCACAGAUUCAGGCCAGUACGAACCGUGUGGAAGUCACGUGCGAUAUCUGCCUCAGCGGACGGCUCUGAAAAACACCUCCGUCAUGGUCAUGGAUCUCCUGGCUCACACCAACUACACCUUUGAGGUGGAGGCUGUGAACGGGGUGUCGGAACUAACCGCCCCUUUACGCCAGUACGUCUCGCUCAAUGUCACCACCAACCAGGCCGCUCCGUCUCCUGUAACUGUGGUGAAGAAAGGCAAGACGGCAAAGAAUAGCAUCUCGGUGUCCUGGCAGGGACCCGACCGACCCAACGGCAUCAUCCUGGAGUAUGAGAUCAAGUAUUUUGAGAAGGAUCAGGAAACAAGCUACACCAUCAUAAAGUCAAAGGAGACGGAUGUUUUGCUGGAUGGCCUUAAACCUUCCUCAGCGUACAUCUUUCAAAUCAGAGCGCGCACCUCCGCGGGCUACGGAGGCUUCAGCCGCCGCUUUGAGUUUGAAACAAGCCCUUACUCAGUAGCGGCCUCCAGUGAUCAGGGUCAGGUGCCCAUCAUCGCUGUCACGGUCACUGUGGCCAUCAUCCUCGUCGCCUUGGUCACAGGUUUCCUGAUAAGUGGCAGACGUUGUGGCUACAGCAAAGCCAAGCAAGAUCCAGACGAGGAGAAGAUGCACUUCCACAAUGGACACAUCAAAUUCCCAGCGGUCCGCACGUAUAUCGAUCCUCACACCUACGAAGAUCCCAACCAGGCCGUCCACGAGUUCGCCAAGGAGAUUGAUGUGUCCUGUAUCACCAUUGAGCGGGUUAUUGGAGCCGGUGAGUUCGGUGAGGUGUGCAGCGGUUUGCUGCGGCUGCCAGGGAAGAGAGAGAUCCCAGUGGCCAUUAAAACUCUGAAAGCCGGUUACACCGAGAAGCAGAGGAGGGACUUCCUGGGCGAGGCCAGCAUCAUGGGCCAGUUCGACCAUCCCAACAUCAUCCACCUCAAGGGGGUCGUCACUAAGAGUAAACCAGUGAUGAUAAUAACAGAAUAUAUGGAGAAUGGAUCCCUGGACACCUUUUUGAAGAAGAACGACGGUCAGUUCACUGUCAUCCAGUUGGUCGGCAUGCUGCGUGGCAUUGCUUCUGGCAUGCGCUACCUCUCUGAGAUGGGCUAUGUGCACCGUGACCUGGCUGCCCGCAACAUCCUGGUCAACAGCAACCUGGUGUGUAAGGUGUCCGACUUCGGCUUGUCGAGAGUGCUGGAGGACGACCCAGAGGCGGCCUACACAACCCGCGGAGGAAAGAUUCCCAUCAGGUGGACGGCUCCAGAGGCCAUCGCCUACAGGAAGUUCACCUCAGCCAGUGACGUGUGGAGCUACGGCAUUGUGAUGUGGGAAGUGACGUCGUACGGCGAGAGACCAUACUGGGAGAUGAGCAAUCAAGACGUGAUAAAGGCGGUGGAGGAGAACUACAGGCUGCCGGGUCCCAUGGACUGUCCGACCGCCCUCUAUCAUCUCAUGAUGGACUGCUGGCAGAAAGACAGGAACAGCCGGCCCAAAUUCGAGGAGAUUGUCAGCUUACUGGACAAACUCAUCCGCAAUCCCAGCAGCCUCAAGGGUCUAGUUAACCCAUCAAACAGAGUGUCCAAUUUAUUAGUGGAGCAUGGGAGCCCUGAGGGCUGUGUAUUCAGAUCGGUGGAGGAAUGGUUAGAGGCCAUAAAAAUGGGUCGAUACACUGAGCUUUUCACGGAAAGUGGAUACACUUCUCUGGAUGUAGUCACUCAAAUGACCUUGGAAGAUCUUAGGAGGGUUGGAGUCACUUUGGCUGGCCAUCAGAAAAAGAUCCUCAACAGCAUUCAGGAGAUGCGAGUCCAAAUGAUGAACGCCACUAUGCCCAUCUUAGAGUGGCCUCAGAGGAACCUCCAACAGUAGCCUAGCACUUUCUACGGACACUUAUUUAUUGAACUGAACUAUUUAAUGAAAAAAAAAAAAAAAUUGACACUGAUGAAAAAAA